AUGUCGUUUUACCCAUCAUCUAAAGAACUACCUGCUUUAGGGGCUCUUUGCCUAGAUUACACAGAUGAUAUCCACCGGCCACCAGGAGACCCACUGAAUGCCCUGUCUUUCCCAUUCCCUCUCCUUUUUGAGAAAGUCCAGAAAGCCUCUCUGUGGAAUGUUGUCAGUUCAAGGGAGUAUCCGGAUGAGUUUCUCCAACAGUUCGUCGACGCAUGUGUGAAGUUGGCAAAUCGGGGAGCUGUGGGAAUAAUAACUUCCUGCGGAUUUCUAUCGCAAGUGCAAAAAAGAAUCGCCGGAAAAAUACCCAUUCCCAUUGCCACAAGUAGUCUUCUUCAGGUACCGCUGCUUCUCGCCAUGCGGCCAGAGAGCGAGCACAUAGGCAUAAUAACUUUUGAUAGCAGCACACUGGGCGAUGUUCACUUUGAGGGAAUCGGUGUUACAAAAGAAAUGAGGGAAAGAAUCUCAGUUAUUGGAUGUCCCGAUGAUGGGGCACUGAGGGGAGUUAUUCAAUACGGGGAUGCUUAUAUUCAUGAAGAACUUGAAGCAGAAAUUGUGGAGUGCGCUCAAGAGCUGCUGAUCCAUGAUCCAAAAAUUUCUGUAUUCGUUCUCGAAUGUACCCAAAUGCCGCCAUAUGCGCAAGCUGUUUUCCGUGAAACAGGGCUUCCUGUCUAUGAUGUUAUUACUAUGAUUGAUUGGUUUUAUUCAGGGUUGGAGCCAAAAACUACCUUGCCUGAUGAUAACAAGGACGGAGGAAAGCGAAGGAGAGCGAGGGAUGCAAAAGAGCUGGUUAAGAAUUGA